GAGCACCAAAGCGCCUUAUUUCUAACCAAGGGCGGGAGUUUUGUAACAAGGAUGACGGAAGACAAGCCCCAGAGGAAGACGUCAGCCAGGAAUCCCCGUGAAGUCAGCCUCCUGCUGGGGGCGCGGCAGCAGCAGCAACCGAUGGCAAGUCUGGGGAAGCAGGCCACAUAUGAGAGUGCCUUGCUAGCGGCGGGGAGCACACUGGACCUGGUGGACGCUGUGGCUGCCGGGAGACUUCAGAACAGCUUUGCUAUUGUCAGACCGCCCGGCCACCACGCCAUGGAGAGUGAGUUCUGCAGCUACUGCCUCGUCAACAGCGUGGCGCUGGCUGCCCGACACGCCCUCAACACACACCGCCUCAGCCGCACCCUCGUAGUGGACUGGGAUGUGCACCACGGACAGGCCACACAGCAGGCCUGAGAUGAGGGUGAGAUGGAGGUGUGGCCAGGCCUGUACACACACCUCACCUCCCAGCUGAUGGCCCUGGCGUGGGGCAAGGUGGUGCUGGUGCUGGAGGUGUGGCCAGGCCUGUACGCACACCUCACCUCCCAGCUGAUGGCCCUGGCGCGGGGCAAGGUGGCGCUGGUGCUGGAGGUGACCAGUCUGACCUCACCCAAACAUUGUGGCAGGAACUGAGCACCACACAUCCACACACUGGGUGGGAGCUGCCUGCCGUGCAGGCCAAGAGUGCCGCCCACACCCUCAGUGCCUUGCUGGGCCACCACUGCC